AUGGAAGGAAGGAAGGAAGGAGAUCAGUUAACCUAUAUCGUCGCUCGCUUCGCCAUCGACGAGCACAACAAGAAACAGAAUGCGCUUAUGGAGUUUGCACGUGUUGUGAAGGCGAGGGAGCAGGUUGUCGCUAGAACUCUGCAUCACUUGACUGUGGAGGCAGUUGAGGGAGGGGAGAAGAAGCUGUAUGAGGCCAAAGUGCGGGUGAAGCCAUGGCUUAAUUUCAAACAGGUCGAAGAAUUCAAGCAUGUUGGCGAACAAGAUGGUAAAGAUUCAAACCAAAAAACGCAAGGUCAAAAAUAUACGAAUUUUUCAUGUACUGAUUGUAAUACUGAGCCAUCUGCUCACACAAUAAAUGUGCCCAAAUCUGGGAAACUGAAGGACCUUAUUCAGGUUCUAGGUGUUGCUUCUUCAUUGAGAGACGAUGAGAGUCUAUUGAUUGUUGAGGUUUAUGCUAAUUGCAUUAUCCGUUUUCUGGAUGAACCAUCAGAUUUAAUAUCCCUGAUACCAAAAGAUGCUGAAAAAUCUCCAGUUGUGAUUUUUGCACACCAAAGAUUGGAAGAGUGA